AUGAUAGCUGAGACCACGAAACAAGUUAAGAAAAUCCGAGAUACGAUGCUUACGGCGCAGAGUCGUCAGAAGAGUUACGCCGACCAGAGGCAGAAGCCCUUGGAACUUGAGGAAGGAGACCAUGUCUUCCUUAAAGUUACUCCAACCACAAGAAUCCUAGAGAGGGCUGGACCGGUGGCAUAUCGGAUGGCUCUACCACCUCAUCUUUCGAACCUGCACAACAUGUUUCACGUGUCACAGCUUUCGAAGUAUACUCCUGAUGCUAGCCAUGUGUUAGAACCUGAAACGGUUCAGUUAAGAGAAGAUUUGACGCUUCUGGUGGCUCCAGUCAGAAUUGAUAAUACUAGUAUCAAGCGGUUGCGUGGAAAAGAGGCAUAA